AUGGCGGCAACAGCGACUCCACCGCUUGCAGUGCCACUGCGAUACGACCCGACAUACAAGGUGGACAUACGACUUCACGAGCCACUUCUGUCUCAUGGCAUCACCCAGCUGGAGGUCAAAGUUGAAAUGUUGGCUCUGUGUGAGCAGUUUGAGGUUAUCUGUAGGCAUGAAGUAGCUGAGAGCUCAAAAUCUCACAGUCAUCCCAGGGUGAGCAAUGUGUUCCAUAAUAAAGCCACCGUUAUUAUGGACAAAAUGAAUCAGAUAUUCUUGAAGUUGCCACAAGGUAGCCCAUCACUACAGGAGUAUUUGAACCAAACUGGCCUAGAACAUCUGUAUCCCAGAUUGGCCACCUACAUCAGGGGAGCUAACCAGUUUUCCUUGUCUACAUCACCAGGAAGCAUGGAAGGUUACUUCAGUUGUAUGGCCGGCUUGCAUCAAGUGGCAUCCCUGGCAGCUCAAAUCAACAACGACGCACGCUCAAUGACGAAUCACAAGUACCUAGCCCACCAGAUGGCCCUUUUGUAUCAAUCCUUGAAUGGCGUGGGGGAUUCACCUGUCAUUGUGCAGUACAAAAAAAUGAUAGAGGACAACUUCAAACCUCUGAAAGCCUCACUCAUUGUGGACAAGGAUUUAAAUAAGCCAAUCCUAGUGGAUGAGAUGAAGACUUGGUUAAUGGAAGUGACAGGCAACCUGAUGAAUUUCAUCGCAGGUUUUCCUGCCGAUCUCACCUCUCACAUGACACAGCCGGGAGUAAUGUUGUCCAGAAUAUAAGGGGGGCAUAACUAUGCUUGAAGCGGUUGUAAUCCAGAUAAAUCAAGACCUGAGCUGUAAGAUACUACAAAAGAACUCCAAGUGUGCCUACACAGUCACCUGAAAUUUAACUCUGUGAUGUCUUUUGCCGUGAAAAGAAGAACAUUUUUCCCCAUAAACAUGCAUAUAGAUUGGUUUAGAGGAUUUAUUAAUUAACGGAAUGAGUUUAUGUGCAAACUGCUGUGCAAACACUGAUCCAAAACUAUCAAGUUGUUUUUAGUUCGGGUGCAUACUGCUACACAAACACUCAUCCAGAAAAACACUCAUCCAGAACUACCAGUUAUUCUCAGUUCAGAUGCAAACUGCUACACAAACGUUCAUCCAGAACUACCAGUUAUUCUCACUUCAGGUGCAAACUG